GAAAGCCCCUUAAAUUGUAUUGACUGCAUGGCUAUUGAUAUGACUCAGGCCUGAGCUAUAACAAACAUCUCAGUAAACAGUGCAUUGUUCAGUUGCAUUAAUUUUGAAACUGGCCUUAAAUUCACCUCUUGAGAUAUUCACACUUCAAUAGGGGAGAGCAUUUCAUUACCUGUCUACAGUUGGGCAUGAGAGAAUCAGAAUGACGCAUGGGCUUCCAGGGUGGAAUGGAUGGGAUGUGUGCGUCAAUCCCUACGUACAGCAUUUAAAAGCCAAGGUGCACCACUUGAGCAGUGAGGUUUGUCAAAGGAAGAAGGGUAUACAGCCUGUUCACCUGUCACCACUCAGGACCAGACAAUGCUUGCAUCCCAGUCGCAGUCUGUAGCAGUGAUGGUUCUCGUGGUCUUGACAGCUGCACAUUGUCAGGAUGACAGACGGAGGGCAGUGACUGAGCACCAGCUGCUCCAUGACCGUGGCCGCACCAUCCAGAGUCUGAAGCGUCUGAUCUGGCUCUCCAGCGCCAUAGAGGGUCUUCACACAGCUCAGGCGCGUGACGCCUCCACCAGCAGCAGCGAGCAGCCAUCCAGGUGCUGCUCCAGAGCACAGCAGCAGCAGCUUCUGUCCGAAGGCACCAACGACAGCAGAGACCACAGAGGAGCAGUGGAGACAUUGUUUGGUGACAUCUUCAGACCGCACAUUCCAGCCGUGUUGCCCAGCUCAGACAAAUAGUUUUGUCAUAUCAAAUUCGUAUUGUACAUUUCUUGGUUUCUAAAAUAUGUCUUACCAAUUCUCAUCUGUGCCAACUGGUAUCUUGUUACUCUAGUCUCCUCUAUUAACUGUACAGGGCAUGCCUAUGUAUGAGGAUCUUAAUGUGUCUUUAUACACAUCCUUUGAGCCACACUUGUUUUCAGACGAUUAGAGGAAGUGGCAGAAUGGUCAUCGGUCCUGCCAUUGCUGUAAAUAUGCUUGGGAUAAUAUAUUGGGGCUAUACGCGUGGGAAGAUCUGUGUGAAAAUGUUAAAUGCAAAGCAAUGCAAAUGUCAAUGUCUAAAAGAAUGAUUUAUUGCUUUCAACAGCGCUGUUUGACAGUGUAAUGUCAUUGAAACAGAUGAGGGUCGAUUUGAAGGUGGUGAUUGAUGAUCGGGUGUGUCAGAUGAGAAUGGCAUGUGGUCGAGCAGUUUGAAAACAAUAAAAGGCUCUUGGUUUA